CGCAUGCCAUUUCUUUCCGUACUUCUUCAUCCGCCCUCGACUAACCGCAGCAUCCCACGAGACUCUUCGUAACCGUCAAGAUGCUUAUCCCCAAGGCCGAUCGCAAAGCCAUUCACGAGUACCUCUUCCGAGAGGGCGUUCUCGUUGCCAAGAAGGACUUCAACCUUCCCAAGCACGGCGACAUUGACACCAAGAACCUUUUCGUCAUCAAGGCUUGCCAGUCUCUGACCUCCCGCGGCUACGUCAAGACCCGCUUCUCGUGGCAGUACUACUACUACACCCUCACACCCGAGGGUCUCGACUACCUCCGCGAGUGGCUCCACCUGCCCGCUGAGAUCGUCCCCCAGACCCACAUCAAGCAGCAGCGCUCUGCUCCUCCCCGGGGCAUGCUCGGCGGUGACGCCUGAGGGCGCUGCCCCUGGCGAGUUCAAGCCUGAGUUCCGCGGUGGCUUCGGGCGGGGCCGUGGCGCCCCUGCUUCCUAAGCGAUUGACCUUCGCUUAAGGAGUAUUGGCUAGAUACAGGAUCAUCUUUUGCUGCAUUACAAAAAGGGACAGGACCUGGUGGCAUACGGCGAAAUGAAAGGAUGAUACCACGAAUGU